CUCUCCGCCGUCCCCACCGCCCACUUCAACACUUUCGUCAUGGCACUCUUCCACUUCCAGCCGCCCUUCGCGGCCCUCCUCCGCGACCUCCGCCCCAACGCCCUUGUCUCCGACUGCCUCUUCCCCUGGACCGCCGACCUAGCCCUCGAGCUCGGCAUCCCCCACCUCAUUUUCCACGGCGCCGGGGCCUUCCCCCUCUUCGUCCUUACCAACCUCGUCAACUACCUUCCCCUCGACCCCUCCACCGACUCCUUCAUCAUGAACGGCCUCCCUCAUCCGAUCCGCCUCUACAGAAACGGGCUCCCGGAGCUCGUCGACAACUUCUUCAUGCUCAAACUCCUCCGCGAGGCCGAGGCCAAGAGCUACGGCGUUGUCGUGAACACCUUCUACGAUAUGGAACCCAGCUACGUCGACUACCUCAAGAACAAGAACCUUCAGGGCAUCAAGGCCUGGAGCGUGGGCCCGGUCUCCCUCUGCUGCCGCGCCGCCGAGGGGCGGGCUGAACGCGGGGAUCCCCCGGCCGACCGGGACCGAGUGCUAAGCUGGCUCGACUCCAAGCUGGCCGUCUCGGUGGUGUACGUGUGCUUCGGGAGCCUGUGCCACUUCAGCGGGCCCCAGCUGAAGGAGAUAGCACUAGGGCUGGAGGCGUCGGGGAAGGCGUUCGUGUGGGUGGUCCGGAGGGAGGCGGCGGAGGAUGCGGCGGCGGAGGCGGAGUGGAUGCCGGAAGGGUUCGAGAAGCGGGUGGAGGGGAGAGGACUGGUGGUGAGGGGGUGGGCGCCGCAGGUAGAGGUGCUGGGCCACGCGGCGGUGGGGUGGUUCGUGACGCACUGCGGCUGGAACUCGCUCCAGGAAUCGGUGUGCGCGGGGGUGCCGAUGAUUACUUGGCCCCUAUUCCACGAGCAGUUUAUAAAUGAGACGCUGGUGGUGGACGUGAUGGGGGUCGGGGUGAGGAUGUGGGAGGGGUUCCGGCGGAACCGGCUGCAGGAAAAGAAGGUACUGGUGAGAGCGGAGGAGGUGGCAGCGGUGGUUGGGAGGGUGGUUGGCGGCGGCGGGGAGGAGGUGGAGGCGGUGGCGAGGAAGGCGAGGGAGUACGGUGAGGCAGCAGGGAAGGCAAUGGAGGAGGGGGGUGCGACCUACGAGGACGUCACCGCUUUGAUCCAGGAACUCCAGGCGAAGCGGAAGGAGGAGUGAGUACUCCGGCAACCGCCGACGGGCGGUGCUGGUGCCGUACUUUCGCUAGAAGACAGCAUCUAUUAUGUCGUUGGAUUUGGACUCGCUGUAAGAUUAAAGUACCCGUUUGGUGUGUGUAAUGAAGCGAUACCCUCUGUUUUUCCGCUACUUUACCCUCUUUUUUUUUUCCCUUCCCCGCU